GACAGAAUAUAAGCUUCACUAGAACUAGUAUCAACUCUAUAUCUUUGAAAUGACUGUGUAUUUAUGCCUAAAAGUGUUUUAGUAGAAUUUACAUACAAAUUUGUUGCAUUGGAAUGCGGCCCGCUGUUGGCAAUGUUUAAUGGUUUACCCCUUCACAUCGAAAGCACGACAAGAUGGCGGCGGUUGGUUUACAAGGACUGAACCCAGCACAAGAUCGGUCUCUACGCUCCGUUUUCGUGGGGAAUAUCCCCUACGAGGCCACUGAAGAACAGCUGAAGGAUAUCUUCUCUGAAGUCGGGCCUGUCAUCAGCUUUAGGUUGGUGUAUGACAGAGAAACAGGCAAACCUAAAGGCUAUGGGUUCUGUGAGUAUAAAGACCAGGAGACGGCCCUCAGUGCCAUGCGCAACCUUAAUGGGCAUGAGCUGAACGGUCGGCAGCUCAGAGUGGACAACGCUGCCAGUGAGAAGAGCAAAGAGGAGCUGAAACAACUUACUGUGGCUGGUCCUUCACAAGAAUCUCCCUAUGGACCACCUGUCCAGCCUGAGGAUGCUCCUGAGGCCAUCAGUCAGGCUGUGGCCAGUCUGCCUCCUGAACAGAUGUUUGAGCUCAUGAAACAGAUGAAGUUGUGUAUCCAGAACAACCCUCAGGAGGCCAGGAACAUGCUUCUGCAGAACCCCCAGCUGGCCUACGCACUGCUGCAGGCUCAGGUGGUCAUGAGAAUAGUGGACCCUCAUGUGGCAAUGAAAAUGCUUCACCGCCAGCCAUCCAAGGUGGAGCCGUUGGUACCUGCAGGGCAGGGAGGGUCUGCCCCCCCACCACAGCAGCAGUCCCCACAUAUGGGACGCCCACCAAUGGGAAGCCAGCCUCAGAUGAUGCCCCAGCAGCCGUCCGUUUCCAUGGCGGGCGGCCCGGGGAUGGGUCAGCCUGGGAUGCAGAUGGGUGGGCCGGGACCCAUGGGGCCGGGUGGGCCACCCAUGCAGCCAGGUAUGCCCAUGCAGGGUGGGCCGAUGAUGGGUCAGCCAGGGCCGGGCCCCAUGCAGCCAGGGCCCAUGAUGGACCAGCCCAUGAUGCAUGACCCGAGGGCCAGAGGGCCCCAUGGACCUGGAGACAUGGGUCGACCACGUCCCGCUCUAUUGGGAGAUGGACCCAUGGACCCACGGAUGGGACGGGAGGGGGGCAUGGACCCCAGGGGACCGAUGGACCCCAGGGGUCCUCAAGGCCCCCACCCUGGGGGACCCAGCCCCAUGGGUCAGGACAGGGGCCAAGGGCCGCAUGACCCCAGAGGCUUCCAUGGAGGUCCCGAGGGUGGAUAUGGCGAUCAAGGACACUACCGAGGACGUCCUGACCCUAGGGCUAUGGGAUCUCGGGGACCCAACCCACGGGGACCUGACGGGCCGCCACAGAGGAUGAACGCACCUGGGUUGCCAAGCAGCAUCUCCAACCUGGCUGACCAGUUAAUGGGACCAAUGGGAGGAGGCGGCCCGGCAGGCGGAGCACACAUGUCACCACACUCAGACUCCAACCCCACACCAGCUGACCAGGAGAAGGCUGCCCUGAUCAUGCAGGUUCUUCAGCUCUCUCCUGAGCAGAUCGCCAUGCUGCCUCCAGAACAGAGACAGAGCAUCAUGAUUCUCAAGGAACAGAUCCAAUCAUCACAGAGACAGUGAAAAACUAGCUUCCUCUUGUUUUACUGUGAGUCUUGUUCGGUACCAUUGGUUACAAUAAAAGUUGAGCUGAUGUGGUUUACAUGUAGUUAAUGGUCUCCUUAUGUUACAUGUUACCUUAUAUAAUAAUUAGUUGAUUUUUUAUUGGGAUGUCCACAGCUGUAGUACGUUGUACGAUUUUGAUGGUGUACAACUUUAAUGCCUGCCAGACUGUGACAGAACCAACCACUGACCAGGAUGUAAGAUAGGAUUUACUUAUUACAAGACAGCUGAAUAUUGUGCAACACAUGCAUGGCUAUUUCAAGAAUGCCCUCUCUAUGUGAUCGUAUGACAAAUGUAUGCCACCUUCACCCCAAAUAUCAGACAUCCCAACCUGUUAAGCUCAAUUGUACUUCCAGGUUUGUAACACCCUAUGCUGUAGUAUACCAAUAACGUUGUGUCAGCAAGGUACCGUCGACCUCCAGCUUUAUGUCUAGAACAUAGCAGACAUCCUGGGCUCAUGUGUACGUUUUACAAGUAUUUAAUCUCUGGACACUUCGUGAAUUGUGCAGGUGAUGCCAACCAUUCUUAAGCAAUCUGCAUCUGCUGUAUUCAUUUAACAUCAACCUGACAGUAUUCAAUAAAGAUCAUUUGUUGAA